AUGCGAGCGAUCACCCACAAUCUUGUGUCAUUAUCCAUCAAACCGCGACUUUUACAAAGUUUUCGAUACUCUUCUUCGUCGUUUCCUGAAACUGAUAAUAAAAGAAAAUAUGAAUGCGCAUCGCCAGAAUUGAAAAAAGAAUUGGAUGAAUGUUAUAAUCGAUUGGAUUUGUCUUUUGAAAAUACAAAGGAGGCUUUUAAGGUUGGCAAAUAAUUUUUAGAAGAUGUUUCGAUUAGAGUGAUAAACUUGACUAAAUUAAAUCUCAUUAUUUUCAGAGCAAAACGAACAGCGAAUUAGUCCGUGCUCUUGUUGUUCUUCGACUUUGUGGAAUCAAAUUCCUUGUCGAUCAAAAUCAAUUGAUCCUCGCUUCUAUGCGAAGAAUUCUUGGAAAAACUGCCUUCAAGAAAAUUCUGAAAAACACUUUUUACGGUCAUUUCGUCGCUGGAGAAAAUGAGAAAGAAGUGGAACCAAAUGUGGGAAAAUUGCGAAAAUUCGGAGUGAAAUCAAUCUUGGAUUAUUCGGUUGAAGCUGAUAUUUCGAGCCAGGAAGCAACUGAUAAAACAGUUAAAGGAACAUCGGAAGCGACGGUAAAAAAAGAGGUAGAUUAGAUGAAAAAGGGUAGAUGCUAUUAAAAAAUUGGACACAUUUUCAGACUGUGGAUAAUGUUGUUGAUGGAAAAACUUUUGAUGCGACACGUGAAAGAUAUACUGUACAUCAAGAAUUUGGAGAUCGUAGACAAGGAGUUUCUGGAGCCAGGUCAGUUUUAGGGAUUGUCAGAAUCUUUUCGAAUUAAAAUAUUUAUUUUGAGUUUAACUUUCCAAAAUUUAAAACAUUAAAAAAUGGAGUUUCUCAGGUCUCAUGGAACCAUUCCUAAAAUAAAAACUAAUUUUCAGAACUUAUUUCUAUGAUGGCGAAGAGCAAUGUGACAAAAAUCGUGACAUUUUUAAAAACUCAAUUGAUGCUGUCUCUCAAGUCACAGGAGGUGAAGGAUUUGUUGCUGUCAAAAUCACUGCCCUUGGACGUCCUCAAUUACUCUUGAAACUUUCUGAAGCUAUCGUUCAGACUCAAAAUUUCUUCAAAGCUUUGACUGGAUCACACUCAAAAGUUCAAGAUGGUCGAUUGAGUGAAGAUCAAUUUGUUGCCAAACUCAAAGAACUUGGAGUUAAGACUGAUUCAGAAGGAGCUGCUCGUGAAUUCUUCCGAGCUGUUGAUUUUGAUGAAGAUGGACAUAUUGAUUUACAUGGAUGGAAUCAUAUUUUGGAUGAUCAUGUGAAGUUAGGAAAACUAUUCCAAGUUUUGAAUGUUAAAACUGGAGAAAUGGAUUCGCUCAUUCAAAACUUGUCGGAAGCCGAAGAACAAGAAUUCCGAAAUAUGGUUCGUAGAACUUUAGAUGUUGCUGAAUAUGCCAUUUCUAAAGGUGUUCGAAUUAUGGUCGAUGCUGAACAAACUUAUCUUCAACCAGCCAUUUCAAAAAUUACAAUUGAAAUGAUGAAAAGGUUAGAUUCGCCCGACUUUAAAACCAAAUUAUUGGUUUUUUUCAGAUACAACAAAGAUCGCGGAAAUAUUUUCAACACUUAUCAAGCUUAUCUCAAAGAAACCCUUCAAAACAUGGAAGCUGAUAUGCAAGUUGCUCGAAGAGAAGGUUGGCAUUUUGGAGCAAAAUUGGUGCGUGGAGCAUACAUGGAACAAGAGAGAAAAAGAGCCGAGACAAUUGGUUAUGAGGAUCCAGUGAAUCCAAAUUUUGAAGCCACCACUAAAAUGUAUGAAUCGUGUUUGACACGAAUUGCUGAUGAAGUUCAUCGACGUGGAAGAAAUAAUGUUUCAGUUAUGGUUGCAAGUCAUAAUGAAGGAACUGUUAGGUGAGCAAAAGGCAGAAAUGAUUGGGGAAGAUUUUGGAGAUAGAUAGGUUACUGUAUUUUUAAUUUCAGCUUUAUAAUUCUGAGGACUGAAUUCUCCUUUACAAACUGUAAACAUUUAUAUUGUCAGUGUCAAAAUUUAGUUUUUCAUAAUCCGUUUUUUGCAUAAUUUUUUUUCCAAAAAAAUUCGGAAACACCAGAAAACAUUGAUUUCUGAACGUUGAGAAUCAGAUUAAAAAAACCGUUGUAAAAAGUUACAGUAACCCUCACCCGAUAUGAAACCCUCACCCGAUAUCUGUCACGAUUUUUCAUUGAGAUUUCUAGGAAAGGUUAGACUAAAACUAUUGACAAAAAGUUAUCAAUUUCCGAAUUGUGAAAAAAAAGCAAAUUAUAUAGUAUUUUGUAGAUUCGCUGUGAAUCUAAUGAAAGAACGUUGCAUUGCUCCAUCAGAACGUGUUAUUUGCAUGGCUCAACUUUAUGGAAUGUGUGACCAAGUGUCAUUUUCAUUGGGUCAAGCCGGUUAUUCAGUUUACAAAUAUCUACCUUAUGGUCCAGUUGAAGAAGUUUUGCCUUAUUUGAGUCGACGUGCCUUGGAAAAUGGAAGUGUUCUUAAAAAAGCCAACAAAGAACGCGAUUUAUUGUGGAAAGAAUUGAAGCGGCGAAUUGCGGCUGGCGAAUUUCGCGCUAAAGUUUGAAUGAUUAGAGAGAUGAAUAGUAAUUUGUAAUAGUAAGUAAGUAAUAAGUUAAGUUAUGUUCUAGAUUAUCUUCUUGUUUUUUUUUUAAUUCUUUCAAAAUCAAUCCCCGAAGAGCUUUUACCGGUUCAAAAUUAUUCGUUUUUGACUCCUCCCUCAACAUAUUUCUCUUUUUUGAAUGAUUUUCACAUGAAUGACAGUUUUGCGUUUUUUAAUGAUAAGAAUAAUAGAUAAAACGUUUUUUUCUGCAUUUUUUUGUCUGUUAAGUUCAUGAAAAUUUGAACCAUGAUGCAAAAAUACGUUGUGGAAUCCACGUGUUUUCUCGUUUAGAGACGGAAACUCGAAAAGUUUCUCUGUCUUCAUCACGCGAUUAUAUUUUUCUUUUUUUUUGGAAAUCAGAGAUCACACUUAUAUAUUUAUAGAGGUCAACAUUAAAAAUUAUUUCAUUUUGAAUCUCCAAAAAUAUUUUUUUCUUCGACGAGGGAACCUUUACAAUUAGUUAAAACUAUCAAAAUAAAAUCUCCCAAAAUUAAAAUUUCAAAAAGAAAAAAGCCCCAUCCUUGUCAGAUAUUUUCUUGGGGAAGCCCCUUCUGACCUUCUGAACUCUUCUAUUUUUUAAAAGUCACGGAAAGACCACAUGACGUCUCUCUGCUCUCUCCAUUUUCCAUUCUCCCUCUUCCAAAGAGGACCUUGUUUUGUUGAUCGUAUAAAUUGUCUGCGUCUCUCAACUCUCAACAAGGGUUGUUUAUUCAGUUUCUAUAUUUAUUUGCAAAAACGUUGAUAGAGGUUGUUUUUUCUUUCGGCAAUUAUUUCAGCCAAAAUUUUUUUUAGAAAGAAAUUAUCUCUAAUUGUUUUAGCAAAUGCUCUCAAAUUAUUGUCGAGCGCAAUUUCGAGUUCUCAGAAAAUUAUCCGUUAUUUCAGCACUCAUGCAACAAGACGAGCAUAUCGGGUUAGUUUUUUAUUUGAAGGAAGGGAAGUUUUUGAGUUUUAAAAAGACUACAGUAAUCUUGGGAUACUGAAGUUUUUCAUGAAGUUUGAAACAGAAAUUUUUUGUUUAUAUUUUAGCAUUCAAAAUUGAAAUAGAAAAAAUAUAUAUUCAAAAUUUAUUUCCAUUUAAUCUUCGUAAGAAUUUUUUGUGAAAUUUUUUUUUUUGAAUUUUUUGAAAAAUGUCUGGACAAAAAAUCAAUUUGAUAAUUUUCCGAAACUUACUAAAAUUAAUCCACCAAAAAUUGUGGCUACCCUAACCCGAUUAUGCAAAAAGAAAAUGUCUACGAUUUUUGUAGUUCGGAGCAUUCAACAGCGACUACAAAUAUUUCGCAUUUGUGCGCUUUGACAAUAUCCGAAAAACCCCAGAAAACCCGAAAAACUGGAGUUAUUUGUACAAUCGGUAGGUCUACAUUCUUUCGCCUAUCUAAAUUUUUUUGAAUAUUUCAGGACCUGCUUGUAAUAAUGUGAAGUCAUUGAGAGAUAUGAUAAAUGUUGGAAUGAAUGUGGCAAGACUUAAUUUCUCACAUGGAACUCACGAACAACACGCAAAAACUAUUGAAAAUGUUAGAGAAGCUUCGAAAGAUGCACCGUAUCCGGUUGCAAUUGCUUUGGACACAAAAGGACCUGAAAUUCGAACUGGAAUGUUUGCUAAUGUAAGUUCUUUUAGUUAGAAUAACUGUAUGUUUAUAAGUUUUUUGAAGGAUUUGCGUGAAGUAACUUUGAAAACAGGUCAAAGUAUUCGACUUGAAACUGAUCCAGGUUUUGAAUAUACUGCUACUGCUACAAGUCUUUAUGUUGAUUAUCAAAAUAUUUCAAAAGUUGUCAAAGUUGGAUCAAGAAUAUUUAUCGAUGAUGGUUUGAUUAGUUUAUUAGUUGAAAGUGUUGAACCAACAGCUGUUUUAUGUCAAGUUGAAAAUGGUGGACAAUUAGGAACUAGAAAAGGUGUUAAUUUACCUGGAACUGUUGUUGAUUUGCCAGCUGUUACUUCGAAAGAUAUUGAAGAUUUGAAGUUUGGUGUGAAACAAGGUGUUGAUAUAAUCUUUGCCAGUUUUAUUCGAAAUGCUGCGGGCGUUAAACAAAUUCGUGAUAUUUUGGGAGAAGAGGGAAAAUCUAUCAGAAUUAUCUCGAAAAUUGAAUCUGAAGAUGGUGUGAAAAAUGCGGAUGAAAUUAUUGAAGCAUCUGAUGGAAUUAUGGUUGCAAGAGGAGAUUUGGGAAUUGAGAUUCCACCUGAGAAAGUUUUCCUGGCUCAAAAAAUGCUUAUUUCAAAAUGUAAUCUUGCUGGAAAACCUGUGAUUUGUGCAACACAAAUGUUGGAGAGUAUGAUUGAGAAACCGAGACCAACAAGAGCAGAAUGUAGUGAUGUGGCAAAUGCUGUUUUGGAUGGAGUUGAUUGUGUUAUGUUGAGUGGAGAAACUGCAAAAGGAGCUUAUCCAAUUGAAGCACUUUCAAUGAUGCAUAGUGUAAGUUAGGUUUCGAUUCAAGAUUCAAACAAAAAAUAUGACAUCUAAUUUGUACUUUUCUUGUAAACAUAAUCUAGAAUUUAAUAUUAUGGAUAUAUUUUUUGUUUGAAUUGGUACCUUUUCGAAGCUCUAACAAUAAAUCAGGCAUCAACUUAUAAUUCUAAUCAUUUCAGAUUUGCAAAGAAGCUGAACAAGCAUUUUUCCAAAUGAAACAUUUCGAAGAACUCAUCCUUCAUACUCCAAAACCAACUGGAAUGACACAUACAACUGCAAUUGCAGCAGUUUCAGCAUCUGUCACAUGUCGAGCUGUUGCAAUCAUUUUAAUUACAACAACUGGAAAGUAUGCGAUCUUUUUAACUUGAAAACAAACUUCUAGUUUUCAACUAAAAUUGGAUUGUUUUUCAGAACCGCCCGUCUUUGUUCUCGAUAUCGCCCUCCAGUUCCAAUUAUUACUGUGUCACGAGAUGCACAGAUUUCUAGACAACUUCACUUGCAUCGUGGAAUUUUCCCAGUUUAUUAUCCAAGUUAGUUUGUUUUUUGAAUAGUUCGUGUACAAGCCUUAGCUUGAUGAAUUUGUAGAAGGAAGAAUCGAAGAUUGGGAUGUUGAUGUUGAAGAUCGUAUUCAAUAUGGUGUGAAUUUGGGAAAAUCUCGUGGAUUCAUUCAUCCUGGAGAUCCACUUAUUAUAAUUACUGGAUGGAAACAAGGAGCCGGUUAUACAAAUACAAUGAGAAUUGUUACUGCUGAAUAA